GGGGAUGUACCCGGGGACGGGCGGCUGGACCCGGACGGCUCUAAAUUGGCCGGAGGGGCCCUUCGGCGGCGAAGUUCCUAGCUGGGGGCAGAGACGGCCCUCGCGGUUGCAGGAGUAAGCGAUCCCCUGUAGCGAAUUGGCCAACGGCUCGUUUCAACCCUGCCUCGUUGGUGGCCACUGGAGAAGCGCGGGGGGCUCCCCAGACAGCCGUGGGGACAAGUUAGAGCCAGCACUUUACCCCGGGCUUCGCGUGUAGCUUCCCCACCCCUGCCCUCGGUGCCCUGGUGUCUGGAGCGGGGGUGCCCUCUGUACAUGUUCCACCACUCGGGCAACCCUCUGGGCUUGUGUUCCAUCUCGCUCUUGCUUCCUGCACGGUGGUUGAGGGGACCCACUUUGCAUUAUGUCCCGGUAUAGCUACCGAAGUCUGCUGGACUGGCUCUAUGGGGGCGUGGACCCCAGCUUUGCAGGCAAUGGGGGCCCCGACUGUGCUGCCUUCCUCUCUUGGCAGCAACGGCUGCUGGAAAGUGUGGUGGUCCUGACCCUGGCCCUGUUGGAGAUCCUGGUGGCCCUGCGGCACAUCGUGAGGCAGACGAAGGAGGACGGUAGGGGUGGCCAUGGCUGCCAGCCAGAGCAGGUGACCCAGCGGCCAGAGGAAGGCAAGGAGAGCCUGAGCAAGAAUCUGCUCUUAGUAGCCCUGUGCCUGACCUUCGGGGUGGAGGUGGGCUUUAAGUUCGCCACCAAGACCGUCAUCUACCUGCUCAACCCCUGUCACCUGGUCACCAUGAUGCAUAUCUUUCUCCUGGCCUGCCCUCCCUGUCCAGGAGCUACUGUCGUCUUCAGGCUGCAGAUGCACAUGUUGAAUGGAGCUCUUCUGGCCUUGCUGUUUCCUGUGGUAAAUACCCGGUUGCUCCCAUUUGAAUUGGAGAUUUACUACAUUCAACAUGUUAUGCUGUACGUGGUGCCCAUCUACCUGCUUUGGAAAGGAGGUGCUUACACCCCAGAGCCCCUCAGCAGUUUCCGGUGGGCCCUUCUCUCAACUGGCCUCAUGUUCUUUUACCACUUCAGCAUCUUGCAGAUCCUGGGCCUGGUCACCGAAGUGAAUUUGAACAACAUGCUGUGUCCGGCCAUCUCAGACCCAUUCUACGGCCCCUGGUAUCGCAUCUGGGCCUCGGGACACCAGACUCUCAUGACCAUGACCCACGGGAAGCUGGUCAUCCUGUUCUCAUACAUGAUUGGGCCCUUGUGUAAAUAUCUGCUGGAUUUGCUCCGGCUUCCAGCCAAGAAAAUAGACUGCAGAAAUGGAACAUUCAAUCUUCAAAUUUAAAAGGAAUCUCAAGUGUACUUCAGUAACCCAAACAAUAGUGAAAAAGCAAAGCAAAGCAGGAGGUCUCACACUUCUCAAUUUCAAAACUUAACUACAGAGCUAGAGUAAUCAAAACAGUGUGGUACUGGCAUAAGAAUAGACAUAUAGACCAAUGAAAUAGAAUUGAGAGUUCAGAAAUAAACCCAAACUUUUAUGGUCAAUUGAUUUUUCAACAAGAAUACCAAGACCAUUUAGUUGGGGGAAAGAACAGUCUUUUCAACAAAUGAUAUUGGGACAACUGAAUAAUCACAUUUAAAAAAAAAUGAAGUUGGAUUCAUACCACGUACAAAAAAUAACUCAAAAUAAAUCAACAAUCUAAAUAGAAGGGCUAGAACUAUUAGAAGAAAUAGUUUCAUGAUCUAGGACUUGCCAAUGGAUUCUUAGAUUUGACACCAAAAACAUGAGCCACAAAAGAAAAAUAGAUAAAUUGGACUUCAUAAAAGAUAAAAACUUUUGUUCAUCAAAGGACAUUAUCAAGGAUGUGAAAAAGACAAAUUACAGAAUGGGAGAAAAUAUUUUCAAAUCGUUUACCUGUAAGGCUUUAAUGCCCUAAAUAUAUAUUUUAAAAAAGCUCUUACAACUCAACAACCCAAUGCAAAACAACCCAAAUAAAACUGGACAAAGGACUUGAAAACACAUUUCUCUAAAUGACCAAUAAACACAUAAGGUAUUCAACAUCACUGGUCAUUAAGGAAAUGCAAUUCAAAGUCCCAGUGAAAUUCUAUUUCACACCCGCUAGGAUGGCUAUAAUAAAAAAUACAGAUAAUAACAAGUAUUGGUGAGGAUGUAGAGAAACUGGAAAUUUCAUACAUUACUGGUGGGAAUGUAAAAUGGUACAGCCACUGUAGAAGUAGUUUGAUGGUUCCUUAAAAAGUUAAACAUAGAGUUAACCAUGUAACCCAGCGAUUCCAUGCCUAAGUAUAUACCCAAGAGAAAUGAAAACAUAUAUCCACACAGAAACUUAGACACAAAUAUUUAUAGCAGUAUUGUUCCUAACAGCCAACUGGUUGAAACAGCCAAAUGUCCUUCGAUGGAUGAAUGAUUAAACAGAUUGUUGUAUACACAUACAAUGAAAUCUUAUUCAGCCAUAAAAGGAACAAAACACUAAAACGUGCUACAACUUGGAUGAACCUUGAAAACAUUACACUAAGUAAAAAAAAAAAAAAAAAAAAGCCAGCAACAAAAUAUAACACAUCAUAUGACCCCAUUUGUACGAUAUAUCCAAAUUAAGCAAAUUCAGAGAAACAGAAAGAUUAGAGGUUACUCAGGGGAUGGGCAAGGGCAGAAUGGGGAGUGACCUCUUAAUGAGGAUGGGGUAUUAUUUUGGAGUCGUGAAAAAGUUUGAAAACUAGAGAGAGCCAGUGGUUGUACAACACUGUGAACACACCAAAUACCACUGAAUCGUACAUUUAAAGUGGCUAAUUGUAUGUUAUGUAUGAAUUUCACCAGAAUAAAAGAAAUCGAAAAAAAA